GUAACCACCGACAUGCCCGACAGUUGUACGAUUCGGCACACUGGAACCAGUGCCAGUGCCCCGAUCGCUGCUGGAAUUUUCGCCCUUGUGCUUGAAGCGAACCCAAACAUAACCUGGCGCGACAUGCAGCACCUCGUUGUGCGCACCUCCAACCCGGCCCCUCUGCUGCGUAACUCGGGAUGGCGCAGAAACGGCGUUGGACGUUACGUGAAUAACAAAUUCGGCUACGGAAUCAUAGACGCUGAGGCAUUGGUGAAGCUGGCUCAACGCUGGAAGACUCUUCCCGAAAAAUAUAUUUGUACAUACAACGCACGCAUGAAAGCCCCACGCGUUUUACCAGGAAUUUUUUCAUACAAUUUUACACUGAACGUGGGCGACUGCUCGGACGGUACGCCGAUUUACUUUUUGGAACACGUACAAGUGGUGGUCACUGCGUCAUUUAAUCCGCGCGGCGAUCUGCAGAUGUCCAUUGUAUCUCCGGCUGGUACCAGGAGUGACAUUCUGCCAUUACGCAAGUCGGACCGACUCAGGGGUAGCUUCAGCAACUGGCCGUUUCUGUCAGUACACCAGUGGGGCGAAAACCCGCGCGGUAUUUGGACGCUGAUCGUCGAAAGCCGUUCGUCCACCGAUAACACCGGUAAAGCAUGUCACUGUUGA